UCAAUAUCGCUACUUUGUGAUUGUCAUUAAGAAACUGAGAACUAUUAAUAGCUGCAAUGGGGCUGGAGCCUCUCGAGUUUGCAGAAUGUUUAACAGACAGUCCAUUCUUUCGUGAAAAACUGCAUGAUCACGAGAAAGAAUUGGAGCGCACUAGUAAAGCAAUCAAGCUGCUGAUAAAUGAUGGAAAUAACCUUUUGCAUGUCGCCAAAAAUCUUGGCCUUGCCCAGCGCAAGUUUGCAACCAAGUUGAUUGACUUUAAGUUUGAGUGUAUUGGCGAGAAGACGACAGAGGAUGAGGACAGAAUAGCUGGUGCCCUGAAAGAGUUUGGAAGACUGAUCCUUCGUGUGGAAGAUGAAAGGGAUCGAAUGAUUUCUAAUGCUGCUGACCAGUUUCAGAGACUAGAAAAGUUCAGAAAGGAGCAACUAGGUUCUGUCAAGGAUGAGAAAAAGUCUUUCGACAAACAGACAGUCAAGAUUUGUCAGUCAAUGGAGCGUUACCUUAAUUUAAAGACAAAAGUAAAUGAUAACAUGCUACAGGAGGCCGAUGCCCAGCUGGAGAUGGAGUGUCGAGGAUUUCGAGAAGCUUCAAUGAAAUAUGUACUUAAGGUUCAAGAAGUACAGGAGAGGAAGAAAUUUGACUUUGUAGAAAUGAUUUUGGCUUUUAUGUACAGCUUGUUUACAUUUUAUCAUGAAGGAUUUGAAGCAAAGACUGAAUUAAAUGAUUACUCAUCUCAACUACAGAAGAUACUGCAGAAGACAAGAGAGAGUUUUGAAAUGACCCGGGAGCAGACUGAAAAAUUGAUGUUAAAAACUUUAGAUAACAGAGGAACGAAACCCGUAAAUCAGACAGGGGCCAGUAAGGGAUGUACUCGGGAGGGAUAUCUCUAUCUUAUGGAGAAAAAAGCACUGGGUGUAUCCUGGAUAAAACAUUACUGCUGGUACAAGAAGGAGAACAAAGAGUUCCAUAUGAUGCCGUAUAACCAGGUGGCUGGUAAAUUGAUCCAGUCAACUACUGAAAAACUAAUAUUGAAAUCUUGUGUGAGGCGACCUUCACAAUCAAUAGACAAACGGUUCUGUUUUGAUCUUACUGUGAUGCUCCCAGACAGCAGACAAGAUCAGAUCACGUUUCAGUCGCCGUCCGACCAGGACAGGAAACUAUGGAUGGAUGUAAUGGAUGGCAAGGAACCGGUUUAUAAUGCACCAAAGAGUAACUCGGAUGAUUCCUCCUUGGAUGAAAUAGGAUUUGGUUUUAUAGAAAGAUGUAUCAAAUGUGUUGAAGAAAGAGGCUUGUUUGACCAGGGACUUUAUCGUGUUGUGGGUGUGAGCUCUAAGGUCAGCAAACUCAUAACACUAGGGCUGGAUCCCAAGAAAAAGGAUAAGAUAAAUAUAGAUGACCCUUCCCAGUUUGAAAUCAAGACUGUAACAAGUGCUGUGAAACAUUAUCUUAGGUCAUUACCAGAACCGCUGAUGACAUUUAAAUUUCACUCGGACUUCAUAGCUGCUGCCAAACAAGAAUCCAAGACACUGCGUAUACAUGACAUUCACACUCUAGUUCACAAACUACCAGAGCCUAACUUUGAAAUGUUGGAGUUAUUGAUAAGACACUUGAGAAAUGUUUCCGAGCAAAGUGAUAAGAACCUGAUGACAGUCGCAAACCUCGGUGUGUGCUUCGGUCCAACGCUGAUGAGAUCGGAGGAGGAGUCAGUCGCUGCCAUCAUGGACAUCAAGUUCCUCAACAUUGUUGUGGAAAUACUCAUACUACAUUAUGACAAAAUAUUUAAAACGGCCCCCGAGGGUGCUGACAUUAGUGAGAUUCGUGUGCCGCCAUCUUCUACAGCCAUGCUGACAGAGAGACGUGAACCGAGCAGCAAGUUUGUACCACUCAAUGAUCACAUGAUGAUGGCCAGUCCUGGCUCAGGACAUGUUUCCCACGCCCCACAACCUAUUUAUGCAAAUAAAGCACCACGUGCCCCUCCUCAAAGUUACCAGGCAAGCAAAGCAAAACUGCGUGGAGUGGAGGUGUACAACCCCCAAACAGGAGGUUUUGAAAUGGCGACAGGGAGCAGUACCAGUGGGAGUUCUGAAUCACUAAACUCCAGUCACUCUAACCACGUCUCCAAGAAUACCUCAUCUCCUCCAAUCAACAGCCAGCGCAAGGGUCCUGCUCCUCAGGUCCCUGGUCCAACCUAUAGCAAUGUCAACGCUCUAGGUAAACCCACACAGGAUAAGUACAUCACCAACAGAUUUAACUUACAUAUGACAGGGUCGGAUGUGCCCACAUUGACAUCCUCGGUCCCGAGUAUGACGGGAAGUCUGACUGGAUCUCUAGGAGGCUCCAGCAAUUUCACAAAACCAAAGAAAAGAACGGUGCGAACCUUAUACCACUGUGAUGCUGAGAAUGAUUCCGAAUUGUCGUUUGAACCCAACAUGAUAAUUACGAAUGUGCGGCCUUCAAAGGAACCAGGUUGGUUGGAGGGGAGUCUGGACAACAAGACUGGCCUCAUUCCAGAGAAUUAUGUUGAGUAUGUGGACUGACAAAGGUUAAGCUCUCAAUACAAGCGUGUUAGAGAGCAAGAUCAGUGUAGUUAAGAGCCUGACUGACCAGGAUCAGUGCAUGAGCUUUCUAAUUAUAGUAUGUCCAGAAUCCACAAUUAUAAGUGCUUGGCGAACCAUUUUAGAAGACCGCAGGAUUGAUGCUUGUUACCUGGACAACAUGGAUGGACAUUGGUCCGAGGAGAGAAGAAGAAAACAUAAAGCUAUGUUGCCUGUGAGAAGAAUGCACAAGAUGACAUCACAGUAUUAUUAGUACUUAGUUACAAUUUAGGUCCCAUAUACUACACAGUGUUUAGCUGGCUUAAGUACAGUACAGUGUGCAGAGUGCCAGCUUUUAACCCAAUGUUGAUUAUCUAUUAACAAUUUACGUAGUUGUCUAAAAGUCUUGUAUUUUUCAACCAAUUUUUUUUAGAAAUUACACAUAAUAUUAGGAAAGAUUUGAACUGUCUUAGAUAUCUGAAAGAUAGCAGGUAUUUGGACAAUUUCCUUUGACAGGGCAAUCUGUAAACAGCACUUUAAUACUUAAUAUUGAAACAAAAUCUUGUAGAUUUAAGAAAUAAUCAUUUGAUUGUUAAAAUUUCAGUUCAUGAGAUAUUCUUAAAUGCAUUUUUUUUAUAUUAUAUCAUUGUGUUGGAGAUAUCCAAGUACACUCUAGUACAAUGUAGUGUGACUGACACAAACAGAUAUCCCAUCAUUGUCAUAGUUAAAUGGUCACAAUUGAUUUAACUAGGAUUGAUUAUAUUUCAUGAAAUCUUGCACAGGUUGGAAUUAAGACUAUUUAUCAAAGUGCAAUAUUAUAUAUACUAUACAUGCAAUAACAGAUUGUAUUGUGUUCUGAAUUCUCAUUGGAAACUUUUAACUGCUGAAAGCUUUUGGCUUCGAUGGUCUAGUGAUUGAUUAUUUGAAAUAUGUAUUAAAUGUAUUUAGAGUGAUUUCAAUGGCAUUACAUAUACACCAGUUCCUCUUCCAGAUUUCUAUGAUAACAUAUCACAAAAAAACUAACAUGAUUUUUUUUAUUUAUUUAUACGUUUGAGUUUACAAAUAAAUUAUUUGUGUUGAUCAUUGGCAGGAAAUAUCUGUGUAUAUUGCACUAGAAAUACUUCAUUGGUCCUAAUAACAAUGAUCUUUCUUCAGUGAUAGAAAAACAUUAUGAAUUCAAUUCAGUUUGAAAAUUUGAAUUGUUUAGAAUAAAUCUUAAAGAAAACAGUUUUACUGAUAUUAUUGAAAAUGGCCACAAUGAAAAAGGUUCCAGGCUUGUUUUCUAGCAACAAACUUUAAAUAGAAAUGUGUUGGCCAGGAUACCUUUAUGGUGUCACUGAAAAGGUGAACUGUAUUACUUUUACUGGGAAGUGUUUUGUAAUACAGCACUCUUCUCCUCUCAACCAUCCUCCUUAAAACAGACAUAUAAUAUUGUUCAAAACUUUCAUGAAGACUAAAAAUAUAUUAGAUUUAGAUAUUUAUUUAUUGCGGUUUUUCGCUUCACAAAAUUUAAUAUUAAUACACGUGGAAUAGUUUAUUGAUAUAGUUUUAACAACAGAUUUAUUGAUAUGAAAUGCACAAUUUAACUAAAUGAUCACACUAUGCACCAAUCACUUAGUGGUAUCAAUUGUAUAUGUGUCCGUUAUAUAUUACAGGUAUGUAGAAAGGCUUUUUGUCCGUUACCAUCAUGGUCCUUCAGUAAAAUAGUCAUUUGUGAAAUAGUAACACCUGUAUGAUUAUUUUGUGUACAUACCUGUACCAGUAAUAACACAGUAAUUGUAUCAUUGUUUAUUGAUCUGUGAAGUACCUAUGUAGAUUCAACAAACUCAAAUACUCUUAAAUGGCAAUUAAUUACUUACCACCUGUAUUAGGUAAAGUGUUCCUCUAAACUUUACUCUAGAGAAAAUUAUAGAACAUUGUGCUGUAUUUUACGAAAAAGGCAGUGUAGUAGAGACAGUGUGACUAUUAAUUAGAAAUAAAUAGUAAAUAACUUUUAUGCAUUACUAGAGCCCAUAGAAUCAAAAACAAGUUAUUUAAGUUCAAGAAAGUUUUAUUAGAUUUUGUCUGUUGCUGUUUUGUUAUUAUCAUCCAAAUGCUUGUAAAGCUAUUAAAAAUACAAUGCAUUGUCUGUUAUAGAUUCAAAAUUUCCCUAUUUCUGACAGUAUAUGGUACGCUAUAAUAAAUGUUUUGUUGGUCAAAUGUUAACAUUCCAUUUAUAACUAUCCUUUCCUACCUCACACAUGUCAUUAGUCUCUAUUUCAGUUAGUUUAUAGACUGUGGUAUUGUGGAGUUUAGGGGUGGACAGGUUAGUUUCUGGAUUGAGUAGUUGCUCUUUAAAAUGAUUAUAAGUUCAACAUGAGACAGAGUCUCAUGGUGACCUAUUCUAAUACCCUUCAUCCGGCGUCGUGCGUCCGUAAACAAUUUAACACUUUCGACUUCUUCUAAAAAACCCCUUGUCUGAUUUCAAUUGAAUUUUGCAGAAACCUUCCCUGGCUUAAGGUGAACAAAAAAUUUUAAGUAUACAGUCCCCAACCCCCAGAGGCCUGAAGACUGGGGCCAAUAUGGUCAAAUUGACUUUGAUUUCAAAAAUCUUCUUCUUUAGACUCAGGUAUGGUAGAAUCAAAUGCUAUUCAUGAAUGGAAGAAUCUUAAGGUGCUUUACCAAAUUUGUGAAUUUGAUGGCCCCAGGGUCACACAUUUCUCCAUGGGGAGGAGGCAAACUUUACUAUAGUUGAUUUAGGAAAACUAGAUUUUUGAGCAUAAUUUGUUUAAUUUCCAUUGAAAAUAUAUCAAACUUGGUUAGAAUUAUGCGCGAAUGAUGACAGAGUGAUGGUAUGCCCAUUUUGAUUCUGACUGACCACCAGGGGCUGAUGGAUGGGGCCAAAAUGGGUCAAAUUGACUUAAAUUUCACAAAUCUUCUUCUCAAGACCCAGAUAUGGUAGAAUCAAAUGCUCUUCAUGAAUGGAAGCAUCUUAAGGUGCUUUGAUUACCAAAAUGAGUCUGACAUUUCUUCCUUGGGAGGAAUUUUUUUUUAGUCUUUACUGUAUUUUUCAUAGAAAAAUGGCAUUUUUGAGCAUAACGUUGAUUAUUUCCCACUGGAAAUUACUGUAAUAGAAUUUUCAGUAUGGGAUUGCAGUUUGGAUAGUAUGCAUAUGUUGACACUUCAUGACACUUUAUAACUUACCCCUUAACCUUUAUAUUCAAUAUUGCUUAUCUCAGGUGACCGUCAAGGCCCCUUGGCCUCUUGUAACUCCAAGAAGUCAAAUUUCCGAAAUCAUUUAUAAAAGGAAGACAGGGCAUUAAAAAAAAAUCUGCUUUGUUGUAAUAUUACUAUGAGAAAAGGUUUUAUCAGAAUUUUUGUUUUGUAUCAUUUUUUCUUGUUGCUAUAUUCAAGUGUUCAAAAUAUUAUUGACUCUACAGAUCUGGUAUGAAAACAAUGUAUCGCCUUUCAUAUAAAGGUAUGGAUAAGGUACCAUGAUAUAGUUGUAAUCAAUUUAACUUAUAUGUUAUGAAAAUCAGAUCGUAUUUGCGAUUUACUCCUCCAUGGAUCAGAGAGUCCUGCUGUUCAACUUUUGCUGGAGUGGAGAAUUGUAUCAGAGUUUCAAAUAGACUGAAAUUGUUGAAUUGCCUUUACUUCGUUAGACAUGGAGGCAAUCACAUUUCAUUAGAUACUUCAUUUUUUAAACUCUAUAUUAAUUGGAAAAUAUAAUGAAACUUUAAACUGUAUGACUGAUCAAUGUCUUUAGUAUGACAGAGUCAGGAGUCACAAGAGAAGGAUAGCUAUGUGUUUUUGUAUUCAUCAUGGAAAAAAAAGUACUGUUCUUAAUCAAUUUUAUGAUUGUGUUAAUUGCUUGCAUGGAUUAUUCACAUUUAACUAAGGUGCACAAACAAGGACCCAUUAUCCAUUUCACCUAUGCAUAUGUACGAGAUACAGUGACUUUACACAUAUAUGUUAUUGUUAGUCCUAAUCCCAUGUUGUUGUAUGGUCGGAACAAAACUUCUCUUCUAGUCUAAUAACGUACACUGUGGACUAAUUUUCUUGUUGUUUUAUGUAUUUGUACACAUUUACACCACAAUAAAUCAAGCCUAUAAUCUAUAUAUUAAAUGGUUCCCUUCAAUGAAAUUUCAAUAUAAUUGUAAAUGUAUCCAAGUGAUAUAUUGAAUUGUUUUUACAUAUCUAUAGUGAAGGAGUGUUUUCAAAUUCAACAAUCGAGACAAUAAGUCCACACAGUGAAAUCAUCGUUUAGCAUAUACAAUGGAUAUUCUCUUGUUGGAGUCACUGACUUCGCUCAUUUUGGCUAAUGAUAGCCAUGUGACAAGUGUCUAUAAGGUACUUCAAUGAUGGUGUAAAUGUACACAAUCUCUUUAGAUCUCUUAAUGAAAAGUAAGUAUUUUUCAUUUCAAAUAUUUCUAAAUAAAGUUUCUGUGACUCCAUGCAAAUAUACAUUUUUCUCAGUAUGCAAAAAAGAUUCUUUCUUACAUUUUUUUUUCUCUCUCAAUUUUUCAGUGGAUAAAAAGGAGACUUUGGGAAAAAAAGUUAUGAAGUUAAUGUGCUAUGUUAUAUAUUGAAAAAUCAUUCCUGAUACAGAAUGGUAUUGCGAACAGUAGGUGAACUCAGAGAGUGUCAAACGUGGUAUGAUAAUGUUUUGAGACAGUGUACACGUCAUGUGUACCUUACAUUGUAUAGGACUGUCCCAGUAAGUUAGGCCUUGUAGUAUCCUUACAUACACUUGACAAGUAUUUACAUUAUAUAACAUUAUAGUGUUCAGAAUAUGUUGAUUUUUACGCAUGACAAUUGUGUGGGUUUUACUAUGUUCAUCCAAGUCAUGGAAAUCGUAUAUUGUUUUCAAAAAUUGAAAACUUAUUACUUGUAAAGAAAAAAAAUUCAAAAUCAUAUUGGGUUAUACUAGUAUUAAGAAUGUAUUAGUCCCCUACCAGUAUUUAUAUAGAAAUGUAACUUAUUAAUCAAACAUGAUGAAUUAAUAUGAAUAUUUUAUAGGAAAUAAUUAAGUUAUUUAGUCAUUAUCUAUUUUAAAGUAUUCAUUAAUAGUCAAGUAGACAUCAUAAAAUUACCUAUUUACACCAAAUCUUCCUUUCAUACAUAUAUUUGUUAACUUGACAACCUAAGGGAAUCUUUUUUAAUUUAAUAUGAAAAAUAUUAUCAAAACACUAAUCGAAUCUGUUGCAGAUGUAUUUAUUUGAAUACAACAUGUCUUGGAAGAUAAAUAAUAAUUGAUACAUCUUGAUGAAGAUGAAAUUAUUACAAUGAUAAUUUGAUUAUCCCUCAGUUUUGAUAUACAGAGUGCACAUUCCAUUUCGGACACCAAAAGUCGCGUCCACUUGAUUGCUUGGUGUCAUUGUGUAUUGAUUAUUUGUAAUGUUUUUAUUUCCUUAGUUGCUUUUUUGUUCCACAGUGGCUAGACUAGGACAGGGAAGUUAUAACCGACCAAAUGUGUUCAUUUACUUCUAUGUACUGUUGAUAAUUUGUAGAUGGCAAUGUAUCGUGUAAAAAGAACAGAUUCUUUUAUAUACGAGAAAUAUACAGGUCAUUCUGUAAAAUUACUCAUUUCAAAUAGUAAAGAGAAUUGUAAUGAUUACUUA